UGCGCGAGGGGCAUGGCUAUCAUUAGGGGCGGGGCCAGGCAAAGAUUGCCCUAUGGGGCGGGGAAACAGAGGGGGCUGGAGUUGAUGAUAGGAUUUCUCUUUGGGGGCGUGGCCUAUGGAUCCUCGCUUUCCCGCCGACGGUUGGUCACGUCACGUGACGUGGGUUGGAAGAUGGCGUCUCCCACAGACGGAACAGAUCUGGAAGCAUCUUUGCUAAGUUUUGAAAAACUUGACCGUGCCUCACCAGAUCUUUGGCCAGAACAAUUACCAGGUGUUGCUGAAUUUGCAGCUUCCUUCAAAAGUCCUAUUACUAGCUCUCCACCCAAAUGGAUGGCUGAGAUAGAACGUGAUGAUAUUGACAUGUUGAAAGAACUGGGGAGCCUCACCACGGCUAAUUUGAUGGAGAAGGUACGAGGCUUACAGAACCUGGCCUACCAGCUGGGGCUGGAUGAGUCCAGAGAGAUGACACGGGGGAAAUUCCUCAAUAUUCUAGAGAAGCCCAAGAAGUAGCAGCUGUUUGUGGACAGGAUGUCCUGGGAACUGUAACCAAGCUCCCUUCCCAGUGCAGCUCUGACGAUGCACAACUCACUGCUUCCUCAGGAGAGGCCCAGGGUGUACCUUCAGGACCGCCCCUCUCCCCUGGCACGCUGUGCCUCUGAGGACACUCGGCAGCAAGAGAAGAAUCUGCUCUACCCAAGGAUCACUGCAGUUAUUCAGCUUCCACGCUUUGACCUUCUUAGCCUCGGAUAUUGGUACCACCAGAGGGCAUAUCAUUCUCAAAGAUGAAAGUCCUGCUUUAUCAUUUCCGGAAGUGAUUCAGGAGCCCCAGGAUCUUAUAGUUGAUUUGCUUCAGUGAUGGCAAAGUCAUGUGUGACAUUUUGAUUGAAUGGAUUCUUUUGAGUUGUACUUGAUCUCUUAGGAAGUAUUUAUGAUGCGAGGAGACCAGAUUCUGGAUCAGACCAUGCAGUCUGACCUGUGAACUCUCCAAUAUAUACUAGGUUCCAAGAAUCCCCAGCUGGAGAAACCAGAAUCUGCUCAAAAUGUACACCUGCUUUUUAAACUCUGCGCCUCUAAUGACAGUCCCAUCCCCUGAUGCCUUCCAUCCCCACCUCCCAGCCCCACUUUCCAGUUCUGACUCCAGGCAAGGGGAUCCCUGAGGAGUGAGUUCCUCCUGGAAUUAGCUUGUGUAGUAAAAGGCCCAUGCAAGGUUGCAUGGGGUUCCAGACCUCAAGACCAAUCUGAAGGUGACAGGAAGACUUUUAAGUUCUAGCUAAUCUGUUACAGAUUCAAGCAAGAAAGUCAGUAUGGCCUGAAAGAUAGGAGAAUGGGGUGGCUCAUGGCAGUUCCCAUUUGGUUGAAAACUAGAGGCUGAAAUUGACCUUAAAGGAACAUGCUAUGGGAUGUGGCAGUGCUUUGUCCCUUCUUACAGCACAUAUCAGAUACUUCACCUGUUUAACAGAAACACACACACACACACACAAGAAAGAGAAAGAAAAUUUCCUGACUUAUAUAUAACUCUCAUGGAGUUCUUCACCAGUUAUGUGUCUCUGUGUUAACACCUGAAAAUCUAGCCCAUGGAUAAAAUAGAUUAUACAUGUUCUCCAUAUUUGUCUUAUAAGCCAGCCCCCAGCAUCUGAUGUUUUGAGAAGUGCAUAGAGUUUUCUAAACUUUGUGAAAAGAAUAUCCCUGUGACAAUAGUCUGAUGGUAUUUGGACACAAGAAAAGUUGUGGUCAAGUUUUUGGUCAUGAGUGUCUGUGCUAGACCACAGCACUCUUAAAUUUAACAGCUGGUCCAUUAACCAUUUUCUGACGUUUGUGCCUUGUUCCCAUGUUAGAAUUAAUGUUGGAUUUUUCUCUCAUUUGUGCCAUUUGACCAUCCAUGCAGUUUUACGUAUUGAAAGGAAAAAUUGAACACAGGACACAGAGGAUGAGGAUGAGAAGUAAAACAUUCUGCUGGGAUGCUACAUAGAAGGUUAGGUUGUAGAGUCUUUGAUUUCAACUUAAGCUUACUGUUGACAUUUCUUUAUCUCAUUAAACACGGUUGAAGUGGGUGUGUGUGUGGCCAAAAAAUAGUGCCAUAAUGUCAAAUUCUUCCUUUGCUCUGUUUUUGAGAGUUGAUGGCAUCAGGCACUUUUAAAUGUUUGGGGAAAUUGAUUGGGAUACCUCCCCCAAACCAACUCAAGUCUGUAACCAGAAGCCAGGUAGUUGGUUUUCUGGUCUGCUUUGUCCUCCUCCUUUUACUGUCAUCUUAUUCACCAGCACUUAAUGUAAGUAGAUGUUUUAGAAUUGCAAUAUUUAUUGGUUUUGUAUUUGUUGUCCUUAGAAAUGUUAAUGAUGUAUUUUUAUAUUGAUAAUAUAAAUUUAUGUACAGUGUGUAUGUGUAUGUAUUUCAGGAUGUUAGAGGAUUGUACUUUGUAUGUGAUGGUUUCUAUGUCUUCAUAAUAAAUGUCCCUUUUA